AAGGUGUGUUUCCGGAAGACGUGGCUGUUGCUGCAGUGGCAGCUGUCAUCCAGAUUUCCCUGAGAGGAGUGUUUGAAUAGUUAUAUUUAUAUUUUCUUUAUUUAUAUUUAAUUUAACGACUUUAUUUGGCGCCAAGAUGAUUUCGCUAACGGACUCCCAGAAGAUUGGAAUGGGACUAACAGGCUUCGGCGUGUUUUUCCUCUUUUUCGGGAUGAUCCUGUUCUUCGAUAAAGCCCUCCUGGCUAUUGGAAAUAUCCUGUUUGUUGCCGGACUCGCCUUCGUCAUCGGAUUGGAGAGGACGUUCCGCUUCUUCUUCCAGAAGCACAAAAUGAAGGCCACAGGUUUCUUCCUGGGCGGCGUGUUUGUGGUGCUGAUUGGCUGGCCCAUCAUCGGAGUCGUGCUGGAGGUCUACGGCUUCUUCCUCUUGUUCAGGGGGUUCUUCCCCGUCAUAGUGGGCUUCAUCAGGAGAAUACCCGUGCUGGGCUCCAUCCUCAACCUUCCCUUCAUCAGUGCAUACGUGGACAAAGCGGGCGAGAGCAACACGAUGGUAUAACAGAGACUUUUUGUACGCGGAGCAGCAGGUUUUAUAAAACAACACGACGCCCCUUCAGCUGAUUUAAAGGAGCCGCCCCUCCCCCGCCCGCCCCUCCUGCAGGUAGAGACUGCUUCCUGUCUCGUCUGUAAUUUCACCGCCACCAAUCAAAGGUUCAUCAGAGCGUCGCAGCACCCGUCUGUUACGAUGGAGGACGGAGACCCCAUCAGAGCGCCAAUCGACUCGCCGCCUACGUGACGUUCUUCCUCUGUGGAACCGACGGAGGGAAACAAAGAGGAUUAAAGGACUGGACCUGCGGCUUGCCAUACCGUCACAUCUCUGUGCCUGUGCUUGAACUUUAUUUGCAUUUUGUGUCUCUGCAGUAACUCUGUGACGCUUUAUUUCUUUUUGUCCUGCAGCUAUUUGAGGGCCGAGCGUGGCUAACGUGAUGCUUUCCCUCUGUUACAUGUCAUUUCUUCACGGUGAAACGGCUCAGUGCUUCACUUCCUGUAAACUGAGGUCCAUGUGACCGAACUGGAAUCUGUUACUCCUGUUUGUGGUUUACGUCGGCGGCUGCACCUUAAAGUAGCUGACGCCUGGAGAGAAGCUAAGAAACUUGCUGUAGGGAGCAGAAUGAUGGUGCGUUCAAUUUCACCUCGGAAGUCAGGAUUCCAGACCGCUGGACGAGUACGUCAUCAGGAAAGUCGGAAUUCUCUGAGAACCUUCAGUUGUCCGAGCGAAAAUCCAACAUGGCUGCUGCGUGCAUCUACAGUAACGUUAGGCUGUAACUAUUUUUUUUUUUAGCGACUUAGGCUACGUGUUCACCUAACGUUUUUUUUCCUGAGCACCUUUUUCAAUUGUUUUCAAUCAGGAGCGAGUGUUCGCACAAACGCUUCAAGCAACGCUCCCAAGAACACAGCCAGCGCUUUACUGUCCGGAAAAAAAAACACCAGGUGGACACGGGGGCCUUAGUCAGUCCUGUGGACGUGUUGUCAAGUUAUUUUCACGCUCAAGUCUUAGUUAGGUAUUCGCUAACACAACAAAGGUACUCCUGGCGGCGUCCACGUUGGUCAUCCGGCUUGUUUCCAACUCUUCACUGGAACGUGGUCAACUCGGGUGUGACGUCAUUCCCAGCUCCUAGCUCCGAGGUAAAUGGAACGCACCAUAAAGCUAACAGGCAACAAGCAUUAAUACCACACUACAGCGCCACCUCUCAACAAGUGGCCACUUGGUGUAUUGCAGCAAAAAAAGGAAUUCCCCUGAAUCCCAAAAAAAGCUUUUUCUCCUCUGACGUCUUUGAAAUUUACGAUUGCUUUUCAAUACAACGGGUUUCAAGACAAUAUGACCUCUGCUCUCUUGAAUGAUGAUUGAAGCCAAAUGUACCGAAGCUUUAGAAAAGCUACGUCUGUUUCAUAACACAGGCGUGUAGGAGAGAACUCUGCCAAACAGAAACGUAGCCAACGUAUUUGUAUGGUUCAGGCCGUGUGUUCUCUGCAGUAUUUUUGUUGCUGCGGUAUCAGAAUAGAUAAAGAUAUGGUUAAAGCCUGGCGGUUGGGGUGUGCGCCCUGCGUACAGAGGCUGUGGUCCUCUUGGCAGCAGCCGUGGGUUCGAGUCCGGCCUCGGCCCCUACGGCUGCACACCGUCGCCUGCUCUCUCCUCCCAAUGUUACCCGUCUCACUUCAACUAUCGAAGCAGAAAUAGCCCAAAAUACUAACGUUUAGAAAAUAAGGUAUGGUUUGAUUUUUACUAGCAUUGUAUGAAGGUUUCAAAUUCUUGUGUUGCAACGACCUUCGCUGACCUUUAUAACGGAGGAGAGGGACGACUCUCACUGUUACUAUUUUUGGAUUUAUAGAAGUUUAAUUGUUGUGAAACGUUACUCGCGUCAAGAAAAGUGAAGAUUUCAGACGUCAUUUCACGUUUUAACAGUCAGCUAACUGUUUUAGUUUAAGGAGUUGAGCAGCGUUAUGAGACGUGUAGCUCAGAAACCUCCUGAUUGAUUUGAUACUGGCGCAAUAAAAUCCCUAAUUUCCGCCUCUGCCUGAAACGCUUCAUUUCAGCUGCUGUCUCUUUAAGGCCCCGCCUCCUUAGUGCCCACUCUUCUUCUGUUUGCAGUCACAGGGAAUUUUGAGCGAGCUUCCUGGUGGGCGUGUCCUUGAAAGCGCUGCCCGGGUGGGCGUGUCCUACAACUUUGCUCCAUGCUUUGCUCUGAUAGUCGGCAGAACCUUCGGGUGGCAACGUCUCGUUCAGAGCAGCUGGUUUAGUACGGACAUCCAACAUCAUAACAUUAUAUAUUUAAAGAUGAAAUGAAUAAACAGACUCUUCUUGAACCGGAGGACGAACACUCCUCAACACUAACUGGGAAGCAGCUUCUCUUCUUUCUUUCUCCCUCUUCGAGCUUCUCCUCUCUGUCUGCAUUCAUCCAGUGUCCUUAAACAUCUGUUCAGCUUUAAAUCUUCAGAUUUGUCUUUAUGUUUCUCCAGCUGUGGGUGUUUUCUGUUGCUCUGCUCGGAGCAUCCAGAAACUGACGUUACCUGUGAAAUGAUGACGUGUGUUUUUUCUUGUACGGCACUUUUGUAAAUAUACUUUGGAAUCAAGCUUUGUAUCUGCA